UAGCGAAAUGUUUUUUAGCACGAAACCAGAGUUGUGACUAUAGCCACUGCAGUAUAUAGCUGUUCAAAUCCCUCCACCCUCUUCUCCUUCCCAGGGAACGGAAAACAUGACAAACUGCGACUCCUACCAGCCAAUAGCGGUCACCUGGGGGGUUUUCCCUGGCAUGGAGAUCAUACAACCCACGGUCGUCGACCCUGUCAGCUUCCAUAUUUGGAAGGACGAGGCCUUCAUGUUGUGGGGGACCCACUGGGCCAGUCUCUACAGCCCCGAGUCCACCUCCCACCACAUCAUCUCACACAUCCAGAACACCUACUACCUCGUCAACCUCGUCGAUAAUGACUUUGUCACUGGAAACGUCCUCUUUCAGCUGGUGAACAAGGUACUGGACGGUAUGAGCAAAGCCAGUAGUCCCACAACUGAGACUGACCAAAACUCUCUCAUCUUCAUGACUUCCUAUUGUUUGAUUGCGCGUGCGCACAUUGUUUACAAAUCACGUGAUUCUUGCAGCCACGCCCUAGCCCUGUGCUCAUUUCUCGGCCCAGCCUUUGCGGCAGUUUUCGAGUCCCGCGCUUGAGAUCGACGAGGUCGACCACUGAUGACACAGUAGUACGUACGUACAGCCGGCCAGAAGCAGCUCACGUGACUGAGAGAUGGCUACUGGAGGAGGUGACCAAGUCUGGAAGUGGAAGAAACCACUCCCUCCAAGUAAAGCCACAAUCAGGAAGGUCUUUGAGAACACCAGUGACCUCAGUCUCCUCUGCAUCUGUCUCUCCAUCCCUGAUGAUAAGAGAGAUGUUGACAGUGCAGUAGAGUACUAUGUACAGAGUACAGAUCCAAUGAAAAUGAGAAACAUGAUAUUCAGUCUGGACGAGAUUGGAGAGACAGCUCUAGCAGACUCAUUGAUGGAGUAUGCAGAGCCCCCAGCAGAUCCAUCCCUCAAUCCACACCUCCUCAUACCGGUCUUUACUGCCAUAUCUGGAGACUGGGAGGAUAUUGAUAUCUACACUACAGUACCAGAUGCCAGGGCUGCUUUCUUCCGUGAGAAGUUCAGUGAUCGUGAUCAAGUCACUGCUGAGGCUGGGAAGUACUACGCUCUCUAUUGUCCUUAUCCCAGCUGGAAAGCCUUAUCCCUCUGGCUCUAUAAAGCAGGAGAAACAAAGGCUGUGGGGAUUGCCAAACCUCACAUACAGACUGUGACUGACCCCAGCCUGACUCCAGCCAACAUCCUACAAGUCACACGCCAUGUCCCACUGUGGAGUAGAGAGGAUUCCUACAACCGUCUUGAGAUGCCACGCAGCCAGCAUGAUGAGAUAGUAGGAAAGUUUGAUGAU